AUGACUAGCAGUACGUCUCAGACGAGCAGCAGUGUGACCUCGGGCAGCACGGUCACGACCAGUUCGGGCACGAACACGAGGACGGCGACGACGGCGAGUACGACCGUUAUGAGUGCUACCGCGCUUUCAACCACAUCGAAAAGUAACUUGGGCUCCACAUUGGAAACCAGCACCUCCACUAUGACCGUUGAAGUUGUCGGAACGGUCAGUGGAUUGAUGGACCUGUAUGUUUCAAACGCAGUGGUCUUCGUGAACGAUAGCGCCGCCGUGACGGCGGUGACAGACAGUGUCGCCAGCCUGGUGGGCGCGGCGGCGAGCCAGGUGUCCGUGACCCUGGUGCUGUCUGCGACGACGCAAGGCCGUCGACUGUCCGCAUUGGGUGCCGUCCGAGUCUCGUACAGCAUCUCCACCGUCGGUGUUUCGGGAAAUAUUGGCGAACUAACCUCGGACAUUGCCUCUGCAUUGACUGCCUCGGGCGCCCUGGCGACUAUGCAGGACUUGGCCACGAUCAGCCUCCAAAAUCUCGGCGCGAACUACACCCUGGUGAUGGGGAGCAUCCAUGCGCCAGCGAUCGACGGUGUCUACGACGGGUUUUCUGUCACGAUUACGCUGUCGUCGACGACUACGACGUUCAGCAACAGUGACACGACAAGUUCGAGCUCAAGCAGUGUGACGUCCACAGCCACUUCUACGGUGAGCUCCACGGCAACAUUAAGCAGCAGCAUGAGCGCGGUCGAGACGAGAACCGCAACUUCCAGCAGUAGAGUUUCGAGUGCCACGCAGUCGAGUAGCACCAUGCUGGCUAGCAGUACCGCGAGCAGCGGCGCGGGCACGACGGGGCCAUUCAACACUUCGCCAACCGAGACACGCACUUCUACGGCCAGCGCGAGCGAUACCAGCAGCACGACGGCGUCGUUGACCACCGUGACUUCCAGUGCCUCGAUGACUAGCAGUACGUCUCAGACGAGCAGCAGUGUGACCUCGAGCAGCAUGGCCACGACCAGUCCGGGCACGAGCACGAGGACGGCGACAACGGCGGGCACGAGCUCGAGCAGUGCGACGUCUACGGCCACCUCCACGGUGAGUCUGGUCACUUUUAGUUUCAGUAGCACAGCGACGUCGACAAUUCGCACGGAAUCCAGCACAAGCACAGUGAUCACGAGUGCCACAGCAAACAUUAGCACAACGAAGACCAGCGUGACUGGCACUACAGGGAGCUUCAGCGUGACGCAGACUCCGACAGCUACCAGUAGCACUACGUUCGCUACCAGCAGCCAGAGCUACACACAAUCUACGGUCACGAGUCGCAUGGCAAGCAUCACGACAUUGACGCAGAGUACCACCACAGUUUCGUUGACAAUUGCCAGCCGAACUAGCUCCACUAAGAGCAGCGCCGCAACCCUGACGAACACAACAACUGUAAGCAGCCAGACCACUGCCAGUGCAAGUAGAACUUCUACGCUAACAACGCGGACGUCUUUGAGUUCCACAGAGAGCAGUACAAUGUUACACAGCAUGACUGGUGUCUCCCAGACAACAGCUAGCCUGACCAGCUUUAGCGAGAGCAGCACUACGAGCCCGACCAGCGCAACAGCUACAAGCAGCAGCACGCUGAGCAGCAGUCAGAAGCACUGA